AUGUCUCACGAAUCCGUCUGGAACUCGCGCCCGCGAACAUACGGCAAGGGCUCUCGCGCCUGCCGUGUCUGCACUCACAAGGCUGGUCUGAUCCGCAAGUACGGCCUCAACAUCUGCCGUCAGUGCUUCCGUGAGAAGUCCUCCGACAUUGGCUUUGUCAAGCACCGAUAA